AUGAAAGCAGCUAAAUCGGCUUGGGAGUUAUAUCCGCAUCUUAGUAACAAAAGUCUAACAGACAGAAAUCGUCCUGUUAUAAUAAGAAAGCGUAAAAGUCCACCUCGUCGUAUUCAUGGAGGGGCACCAAAAAGGUCGAGACCUUUCAUGGAAAAACUGAAUAAAAGGGGUCUUAUGGCCUAUACAACGGGAAAAGUAUUCUGGAGUGAAGGAAACGGUUGGUAUGGAGAAUGUUCAGGUAGUGUUACUAAAUCUGAUAAUGCUGAUUUGAUCAUUACUGCGGCUCAUUGUGUCUAUGAUGACACAACUGGAUUUCGUACGGAUAAAAAUUGGGUAUUUGUUCCUCAAUAUACUAACGGUAAUGCACCAUUCGGAAUAUGGCCUGCUCGAUACCAAACAAUAUUAGCUUCAUAUUCAGAAAAUAAAGAUUAUAAUGAUGAUGUAGGAAUGGUGCUGCUGUCAACCGUGAAUGGUCAACAUAUUCAAGAUGUGGUUGGAUCUCAAAAUGUUGCGUUUAAUCUGCCACGUGAUACUAUAAUUUAUUCGUUCGGUUAUCCAAAAAAUUUGGCAAAUGGCGAAACUUUACAAUAUUGCUCAGGACAAGCUCUCGAUUCAGUUUGGGGGAAUGGAUAUAUUGGACAAACAAUACCAUGUCUCAUGGGUGGAGGAUGUUCAGGAGGACCAUGGUUGCAGGAUUACAACCCCGAUACUGGAAUUGGUUAUCAAGUAUCUGUGAAUAGUUUUCAAAUCAGUAAUAUACCCAAUUAUAUGAAUGGUCCAUAUUUUGAUGAUGAUAUUUCAGAUCUAUAUGACGGGGUUACAAACAAAACUUGA